UUCUGCAGGCAACAAUACCUAUGUAGAUAAUAGUUACUUCCAUAACAUACAGUAAGUUGCUAAAAUCUGAUGCAUUGUUACAAGUUCUCAAGAUUACAGUAUAUAUGUAUGAGUAUGACCACAUAAAUCAUUAAAACUGCUGACAUCAACAUUGCCACAUUGUGUGUAAUUUUAUCAUAUUGCUUCUUUUACUAAAGUAAAACUUCCGAGUACAUCUUCAUCACUGCCAAUGGCACAAGUUAAACUUUCUUUUAUUAAUAUUGUUAAAGUUGUUCAAUUUAAUCAUCCAUAAAAUAACGGAAAUUACAGUGCUCCCUCCUGAUCAACCAAUGCUCAUUACAGAACAUAGAAAUAAAUACCCAUAAAAUAAAACCAUAGAUAUCAACAACAUAAAACUAUACUUCACAAUAAAAAAUAAAUAAACAAAGUAUAAAAGAACCAUUCAAACAAUAGCAUAAAAUUAAAUUAUAAUCUAAAAUUAAGUAAAACUAGACUUCAAAUUCAAAGUUCAGUUGGGUAAAAAGGAGCGGGUGUGCUCUGCUACAGGAGCCUGAAGGUGGUAUGUCUUUCUUUUAUUUCCCUUUAUGGGUUAUACAACAUUCAUCUACAUUUCUAUAUUUAGAUUUCAUUUGUGUUCUGAUUUGUGCCCGAGAAACAGAAAUCAUCACAAUGUGCAGGUCAUGAACCUUGAGAAACAGAGUCACUCUUUGCUCCGAGCCAAGAUUAAACAUAAAAACACAGUAGACGGCGUCAGACUUUAUAAGGUCAAAUGCAAAUUAGCAGCUCCCCUGUAAAACUAUCAAGAAGAACAUUUCAAAUUACUGUAGCAUUCCUCCAACACAGUGUGAAACCAGUGGGUAGUCCUUUUGUUUCCCAGUAAAAGGCAGAGCGAAGAGCUGACGUAAGACAGUGUUGGGGUUGGGGCCACGUUUCCAACUGGGGUCACACAUAAAACUUGUUAGACUUAUCGUACUGUAAGUUAUUUUAGACAUAAGAAGUGUAAAACAUGUUUAAAUAGCAGAUUAAAUAAUAUAUUUCAGUUUGCACCUGAGAUUUUUUCCCCCAAUAUUCUGAUUUUGAAUUGAAGAGAAACCGCAGUCCACUCAACAAAUGAUAUAGGCCUACUUUACAUGGAAAUGUUAAAGCAGAAUCAAGCACCAGAAACACAAUUAAGAUGCUGUAUUCUACUGUGAAUAGUUUGUUUUGAGUUGUCUGUAUUGCUGUGUAAUGUCUGCCUCAGAUAAUAAGUCUAUAACUACACCUGAAAUUUGUGACUGAAGAGUGCAGGCACGUGUGGUGAAGUCUAAUUGUAAAAACAGAGGCAGGUCAGGUGUACAGAUGACAUGAGACUAAUUCAAACUCCAGUUUUGUGGCUCAGUAACUGGCAAUUGUCACUUGCAGCGCAGCUUUUUAUUACAAAUGUCUACAAGUGCUGAGAUAGAUUUCUUCUUUGUGCUUUACAAUGUAAUCAAUAUAUAGGCCUGUAUACGUUUGUACUAUGUUUGUUUCUGGGGGGUUUUCUCUGUAAAGUCAUUUGAGACUUGUUGUGAUAAAGAGAUACAUAAAUUACUAAACUGCACUUAAGUACCUAAGCACCUAAGUAAAAGAAAAAUAACAUUGCAUAUUUAUACGAUGGCCAAUCCCAGAUGUGUUUUUUUUAAUUAAAUUACUGUUUUUACCAAUACAAUCACCAACAUUUUUUUACCCUUUUCAUUUAUUUUAUCUUAAUUUCUUGCUCUUUGAGAUUUUCCAAUUUAACUUUAUUUGAAGGAUUCUAUGCUUGUCUCUGGGGUGAGAAACAUUUACCACCUACUGAAGAAACCCUUUCAAAACCUAAAUGGGUAAACUUUAAAAACUCCACGUUGCCAAGCCAAAAAGACAAGUCAUGGUUAAUCAACUUCUAUACAACUGACAUUUUAGAAAUAUAAUUUUUUGGAAGCAACUAUUAAAUCAUUUGGAUUUAAGAGCUUUGUCUUGUGUUGACCCUCCCCACCCAACUCCUGCUCCCCUCCCUUAAUGACUUUGCCUCUCACACACUCCUCUGUCCCACCAGAGCACGACAAAGGAGCCAAACGGACGGAGGACGGAUGACAUGAGGGUCUUCAUCUGCUUCGACGGUUCCUGUGAGCCUUUUGAUGUCCCUCCAGAUCAGACUGUGAGGGCCAUGAAGCAGAUGGUGAAGGAUAACUUUCUUGUGCAACUCUCCGAUGACAAGCAGGUCCGGCAGUACCUGGAGCUGAGCUACGGUGGUGCAGCGCUGCAGGACAGCUGGGCUCUAUGCGACGUGGGCAUCACAAGUGGCAGUGCCAUCCAAUGCCUGAUAAAGAGUGAACAAAGGCCUGUGAUGCGUGUGUUCAAUGCUGUGACAGGAGAAACCUUACCAAUCAUGGGAAGCGAGGCUCUUCUGCAUAUGUCCGUUGCUAGACUGAAAACUGUGGUGUCCAUGCAAAGCGGCCUGCCUGUCAGCACCUUCAGACUGAGCACACUUACUGGUGUGCAACUCUAUGACUGCAACCAACUGCAAGACUAUGCCAUUGAAGUGGGCACUACUCUCCGUUUGGACACGUGGGAUGGGUGGGUGGAGUUCCUCCAGGGUUGCCUCCUGGGCCACAGAUUGACAGUCCAGAGCCACCUAUCAGAGAAGAAGCCAGUAAUGAGGUUUCAGCUGCAGGUAGCACUCUGCAUCGCUGCCUCUUUAGGCCACCUGGAUCUGGCAGGCUGGCUGCUGGAGAGGGGGAUGCAUGCUGAGGAACCAGUGGGAGUCCAUCCGUACCGCCAGUGGUGCCACCAAACCGCCCACCGAGACACCGGAAAGUGUCCCAUCCACAUAGCUGCAGAGAGCAGUCAGCUCCUCAUCCUCAAACUCUUCAUCACCAAGAACCUUUUGACCUUGGCUUGUCGGGACCCUGGAGGUCAUGACCCUUUGAAAAUUGCUAUUCAGCGUGGUCACAGGGAUUGUGUACGCUACUUAGCCAACAAGCUGUGCUCAGUAGUAUCCCUGCCAAACAUGUCGCUGCCCAUGCGUAUCUACCUCCAGAUUAAAUGCUGGGUGAGUUUGGGGCAGAAAAGGGCAGCCUCCAAUCAAUGUCAGUACACCAGCGCUGCCUUCUGCAACCCCAGGGUGGGGGAGACGUUGCUGGUAGAUGGGUUCAACCAUCCAAAUAUGUCUUCCAAGUCCAGGAAAGCUGUGACCAAACCAAGUAGAGGAAUCAAGGCCAAAGCUUGGCAGCCCUUACCUCCCACCAGCAACUUACUCUCAGUAUCACACCUCCCCUCCAAAAGGGCACUGCCCCAACUACCCACUCUGCAGUCUGUGAACCCUGGUGACUUUAAAGAGAUACAGAAAAAGCUGGAACAAGAUGUGAAAAGUAGAGAGGAUGGCUUAUUGGAUGAAAUCAGUAAGGAAGACAGCAGCUUAUGCAGGGGCAAGUUUAUACUCCCACCAAUUACCAGCAGAGAAAGUAUUCCCAGGCUGGUGUUUGUGGGUGCAUCAUCAAAAUCUUCCCAUAUUCUGACUGCGUCUCAGGAGUCCUUCUCUCAUUACUGUGGCCGAACACCAAGAGAAAAUGCCAUAAACUGCUUGACUAUAGCCAGUACCUUCACAGAGAAGCCUUGGUUGAAGCAGCUAAGCAUAGCACGGACCCUGAUCAGGAAGCGUGUCCCCACCAUGGCCUGAUAUUCAUGGAGACUGGUACCACAGACAAGUCCCAUCCAGAUCUGUCACCCAUCAGCCCAACUGCAUGUGGAUCUCCCAUUGGCUGCGUGAAACAC